AUGGGUGGUACGGCAAAUACCAAUGGCAACUUGAAUCCUGGCAUUUCAAUUCGGUUUGGACCAGUUGGAGAUGAAGAUACUGCAAUGGGAGAUGCGCCAGGUGAGGCGAAUGGGCAUACUGCGGGCAAGAGAAAAGCACGACUUAGUGCUGGCAAGAAGUCUUACGUGGAUCCUGACAGUAGUGAAGAUGACAAGCCUUUGAGCAAGCGCCGCCGGACUUCAAACCAAAAGCAGCUUCAAUCUGAUUCUGAAGACGAUGUUCCCCUGGCUCAAAAAACGAAUGGUACUAAACUACCUGCAGCAUCUGAGACCGCCAUAGGCGAAGAAUCCGACUCUGAUGUUCCUAUUGAGCGAAAGCUUGCCAAGGAGAAAUCUAGGAUCGAGCAAAAAGCCGAAAAGGAAGCCAAAGCAAUCCGUAAAUCCGAGGCUACUUCAUCCAAGAAAGUCACAGGGAAAACAGAAAAGACCAUUAACAACGUUAAAAAACAAGCUAAUGGUAUUAAACGAGAGCUGAGCGAAAAAGCAACCCCUAUGAAGACUGUUCCUAAAAAUGGCGUGAGAGCAGUCAAGUCGGAAUCAGUUACGCCAGCUAAGAAAGGAAAAGGCAAGGCAGCCUCUGUCAAGGAGGAGACGGAAGAAGCAGAGGGACUAGAGGAGGAAGAAGAGUAUCGAUGGUGGGAAGACCCGACCAAAGGUGAUGGCACAAUCAAAUGGACUACUCUGGAACACAACGGCGUCGUUUUCCCACCACCGUAUGAGCCAUUGCCUCAAAAUGUGAAGAUGAAAUACAAUGGCGUCCCUGUGAUACUUGAACCUGACGCAGAAGAAGUUGCUGGGUUUUUUGGGGGAAUGUUGAACUCGACUCACAAUGUAGAGAACCCAACUUUCCAGGCCAAUUUUUUCGAAGAUUUCAAGGCUAUUAUAAAGAAAACAGGCGGCGCCAAGGACUCUCAGGGCAAGCCUAUACAGAUCAAGGAAUUCGCCAAAUGCGACUUCAAGCCAAUUUUCGAAUAUUACGAGAUGAAACGCUUGGAGAAGAAGAACAUGUCGGCUGCUGAGAAAAAGCAGCUCAAGGCGGAGAAAGACGAAGCUGAAGCGCCUUUCAUGUAUUGCAUGUGGGAUGGACGCAAGCAGAAAGUUGGGAACUUCCGAGUCGAACCUCCGAGUCUUUUCCGUGGCCGCGGUGAGCACCCGAAAACUGGAAAAGUGAAAACGCGUGUGCAGCCUGAGCAGAUCACCAUCAACAUUGGCAAAAAUGCCAAAGUGCCGCCGCCACCAGAAGGCCAUAAAUGGAAGGAGGUGAAGCACGAUCAAGAAGGCACCUGGCUGGCUAUGUGGCAAGAGAACAUUAACGGAAACUACAAAUACGUGAUGCUUGCUGCGAACUCCGACGUCAAGGGCCAAAGUGACUACAAGAAGUUUGAAAAGGCCCGUGAAUUAAAAAAGUACAUUGAUAAAAUCCGCAAGGAUUACCAGAAAGGACUGAAAGCCGAGCUUAUGGCCGAUCGUCAGCGCGCAACAGCUGUCUAUCUCAUCGACAAAUUCGCUCUUCGUGCUGGGAAUGAGAAGGGAGAAGACGAGGCAGAUACUGUCGGGUGUUGCUCUCUGAAGUAUGAGAAUGUCAGUCUUCGACCUCCCAAUACCGUCAUUUUCGACUUUUUGGGUAAAGAUAGUAUUCGGUUCUAUGAUGAGGUAGAAGUCGAUCCGCAAGUUUUCAAGAAUUUGAAGAUUUUCAAGAAGGCCCCUAAAAAGGAUGGCGACGAAAUUUUCGACCGGCUGACUACUUCUGCACUUAACAAACAUCUAUCGAACUACAUGACUGGCUUGACAGCUAAGGUCUUCCGUACUUACAAUGCCUCCCAUACAUUUGCUACCCUGCUGAGGGAAAUGAGCGCAGAAGGCUCCGUGGCCGAGAAGGUGAAACGGUACAAUGAUGCCAACCGCAAGGUUGCUAUUCUUUGUAACCAUAAACGGACGGUCACCGCCGGUCACGCAAAUGCAAUGGAAAAAUUAGGCGACAGGAUCAAGGGUCUUCGUUAUCAAAAGUGGCGUGCCAAGAUGAUGAUGUUAGACAUCGAGCCUAGUCUCAAGAAAAAGAAGGGUGCCAAAUAUUUUGAGCGGGACGAGGAUUUGGAUGAAGCUUGGAUUCUAGAACACCAGGCUUUCCUCAUUGAGGAACAAAAGCAAAAGAUAACCAAGAAAUUCGAGAAGGAAAAUGAGAAGCUUCUUGCUGAAGGUGAGAAGGAGAUGAAAGCUAAGGAGCUCGAGGAACGACUAUCAGUGCUCAAAGAUAUGGAAAAGAAGUUCCAAAGGGAGAACAAGACCGGAAAAGUGGAACUUGAUGGCAGAGGCCAAACAAUCGAGAAAUUAGAAAACAACAUCACUAAGCUCGAACAGCGUAUUGAGAACAUGUUACUUCAGGCUGAAGACAAAGAAAAUAACAAGGAGGUAGCUCUUGGUACUUCGAAAAUUAAUUACAUUGAUCCUCGACUUACUGUGGUCUUCACAAAGAAGUUCGAUGUCCCGAUUGAGAAAUUUUUCUCCAAGACUCUCCGUGAGAAGUUUGACUGGGCAAUCAAGUCAGUUGACGAAGCCUGGGAAUUCUGA